AUGCCCAUCCUCACCACAUUUCCCCUACCCGCCUCCCCGGCCGCCCUUCAAAUCCCCGAGGGAUCCUCCUCCGCCGCCCCGUUCUUCCUGGCGUUCGUGACCUCGCCCGACCCGGCCACAGGACAGUCAUGGUGCCCGGACGUGCGCGCCGCGUGGCCGGUCCUCGACGCUGCCUUCUCCGCCGCCGAGGCCCCGCGCCUGGCUGUUGUGGAGGUUGGGCAGAAGCCCGAAUGGAAGGACCUGGAGAAUGUCUACCGCACGACGUGGAAGGUCCCGUGCAUCCCGACGGUGAUUCGGUAUGAGGUUGUAGAGGGGAGGACGGUCGAGACGGGCCGGUUGGCGGAGGGGGAGAUUCUGGAGAAGGGGCGGUUG